AUGAUAUUAAAAAUCAAUCAGGGAAUAGACCAUUUCGAGGAUAUAGGGCCCUGUGUGAUAAUGGCGUCUCCGGGAAUGAUGCAGUCUGGACUCUCCCGGGAACUGUUUGAGUCGUGGUGUACGGAUCCUAAGAACGGUGUUAUUAUAGCUGGUUACUGCGUGGAAGGGACUUUGGCUAAGACAAUUCUAUCGGAGCCAGAAGAGAUCACGACAAUGUCAGGCCAAAAGCUGCCUUUGAAGAUGUCCGUGGAUUACAUCUCUUUCUCAGCGCACACUGACUACCAGCAAACGUCAGAAUUCAUCAAUAUAUUGAAACCACCGCAUGUGGUGUUGGUGCACGGAGAACAGAAUGAGAUGUCUCGUCUGAAGGCAGCGCUGCAGCGGGAACAUAGAUCGAGGCUGGCCGUUCAUACGCCGAGGAACACACAACUACUGGCACUCACUUUCAGAGGGGAUAAAACUGCAAAGGUGAUGGGUUCGCUAGCAGUAGAGCCUCCACAGCCCGGGGAUACAUUGCAGGGUGUUCUCGUUAAACGGAACUUUAAUUACCAUAUUUUAGCACCUUCAGAUCUUAAUAAAUACACAGAAUUAAGUCAGUCAGAGGUUGUCCAACGGCAAUCCAUCCAGUACACGGGAUCCAAUGCCGUUCUACGUCACGCCGUGCUUCGUUUGGCCGGGACCGUGGAGUUCCUUAGCGAGACCAAGUGGAGGCUCUAUGGGUGUCUCGAUAUGAUUAUAGAACCGCCUGUUAUCACGCUAGAGUGGCAGGCGCAGCCGGUGUCAGACAUGUACGCGGAUGCGGUGGUAGCGGCCUUACUAGCCGCAGCCUCCAUGCCCCAACCCACGCAUCUGCCGCUCGCGCCCAAAUUGGACCGGAUGCACUUUAAGGAGUGCGUCAUAGAGAUGCUUCAAGAAAUGUUCGGAGAGGACUCAGUCCCGAAGAUGUUUAAAGGCGAGAAGUUACACGUGGAGGUGAACGGCAGAAGAGCGGAUAUUGAUCUUCUAGCCUUGGAUGUAACAAGCAAUGAUGAAGCUUUGCAACGAAUGGUUCAGUCGGCCAUUUCCAAAUUGUACGCAGCGUUGGCACCCGUUAAACCACCCCCACCGCCUACUUGCUGA